UAUCUUUUAAGUCUUUAACAAAUGGCUACAAAGAUAUCGGAAUUAGUUGUUUUUCUUCUCUCAUUGCUUCUUCUGCUGUCAUUCAUCUUUUUUCAGGUUGGAGUCGCCGACGCCAAACGCAACCAACCAGGUCAAGAACCGCUUGUAGAUUACCGUCGCCCUCCCACCGCACCUAUAUAUCUGCCGCCCUCUAAAUCACGCAAAGGAAAAGGUCCAUGAAGAAACUAUACUGGUCAAGACUCAAGACUCUAGACUAAUGUUGUUAUGAUCUCUUAAUAGUUUUAACUUUUUGGGAAGAUCAUGUCACGUUUUUAGAUCAUAUAGUAGUGUUUUGUUAUAAAUAGGUUGUCGGUUGUAAUGGUUCACUGGUUUGGCCACAUCUAUAUUGUAGGGAAACUAAUCAAUGGCUAAAUCAUCAUUAAUUAAUUUCAGUUGAGGCUUGAGAGGUUAAAUCUGUGGCCAAUUAACCAAAAAAACAAACAUUAUUGUGGCCAUUUGUGAAUUGUGACCAAUUUUUUUUUUUAAAACACGAAAUAAAAUAUGUGGCUAUAUGACAAA